AUGUCUUUCUCCAACGCAAACACUGGCGAUGCCCCUGCCGACCCUUACAAGAAGGCCAACGCUGAGGACGUUCCCCUUCAGACCAAGAUCGAGGACCUCGUCCACUUCAUCACCAAGGAGAAGUUUGGCAUGAUGACCACCCGCGGUUCUGAAUCCGGCAACCUUGUCUCGCGUUGCAUGGCGCUGGCCGCCACCGAGACUGGAGGCAUUGACCUUCUUUUCCACACUAACACCGAGUCUGGCAAGACCGACGACCUCGAUGCUGACCCUCAUGUCAACAUUUCCUUCAUCAACGCCUCUGGAGAGUGGGCUUCUAUCGCUGGAAACGCCAGCAUCAGCACAGACCGCAGCCUCGUUGCUAAGCACUACAGCCCAACCCUCAAGGCUUGGCUCGGCGACCUCGGUGACGGCGUCCACGACGGAUCUGAGAAAGAUCCCCGCAUUGGCAUCAUCCGUGUCAAGGCCGUUUCUUCCACAUACUCGCUCGUUUCCAAGAACUUGCUUAGCCGCGUUGCCGACAUUGCGUCCAGCACCGUCACUGGCAAGCCUGCCUCGCCCAACACCUUGAGGGAGAUUUCGGAGGGAGAUGUGCGCUCGUGGAGGGCUUCGCGAGAGUAA